AUGGUUCAUUUGCUCCUCUUAGCUUAUCGGACUGUCUGGGCAUUCCUCUUACUAUCUUCUCUAGCUGUCGCGUCAGCAAGGGAUAUUCCAUUCAAUGGAAGCAUAGUCGCAGCGAUGCAUGAUGUGGCACGGGAGCUAGCCUUGCCUCCGGGGUUAAACUGGGCCCAAGGGCGAUUAUGCUCAGAUGAUGGCAUGGGGACGGGGUUCAGAGGGGUGAUCUGCGAUGACUAUGGGUUUCCCAUAUCCAUAGCGCCAGUGAUUCCAGACGGGGAGAUUGGAGGGAGCUUCUCUCAACUACCAAUAGCCCUCGCUAAACUCACAACCGUUACACUUCUCUCGUUCAACGCCUUCCAGCUGAACGCCAAGCUCUCCUCCUUCGCCCGUGUUGUCAAAUGCCUGCCCCGCCUCAAAUACCUGGACCUGUCUGUCAACUCGCUCUAUGGCCCCAUACCACAGUACCUCACCCAGUCUGACUCCAUCGAGUUCCUAUCCCUCUACGCCAAUCAGCUGACAGGACCCAUCCCCGCCCUCUCCCCCACACUCAAGUCGCUCCAAAUCCACCAUAACUUUCUCUCGGGCAAGCUGCUUGCUGCCCGCCACCUCAUCGACUGCGAUGUCAGCCACAACUGCUUGGUUGGAGGGAGUACUGCCACCUGUCCCACCUUAUCCGCUCAGAGGCCAGGUGGCAAAUGCACAAUUGCUAAGAGGGCGUGUGCAUGUAAGGGGGGGAAGGUGUGUGUGCCUGUAUAUGAUGGUGAUGAUGGGGACGGGAGCAGCGAGGGGGUGGAGAACGCAGUGUCAUGCAGGAAGCUGUACUUCACCAGAUGCUACAGGAGAUGGGCCAAGAGCAAAUUCUCCUGCUAG